CAGCUGCCUAUCCCUGCUCCCUCAGACUCCCAGAAAUCCCAGGUCAGAGGGCACAUACAGCCUCUGGAGCUCUUGUUUGGUGGAACCAUGGACUGGUGGCAACUGUGGCUGGGCUUCCUACUCCCCAUGACAGUGUCAGGCCGGACCCUGGGGCCUGCAGAGAAGGAGGCAGCCUUGGAGUACCUGUUGCAAUAUGGGUACCUACAGAAGCCUCUAGAAGGACCUGAUAACUUCAGGCCAGAAGAUAUCACUGAAGCUCUGAGAGCUUUUCAGGAAGCAUCUGAGCUGCCAGUCUCAGGUCAUCUGGAUGAUGCCACAAGGGCCCGCAUGAGGCAGCCUCGUUGUGGCCUAGAGGAUCCCUUCAACCAGAAGACUCUUAAAUACCUGCUGCUAGGCCGCUGGAGAAAGAAGCAACUGACUUUCCGCAUCUUGAACCUGCCCUCUACCCUCCCAUCCCGCACAGCCCGGGCAGCCCUGCUUCAAGCCUUCCAAUACUGGAGCAAUGUGGCCCCCUUGAUAUUCCGGGAGGUGCAAGCUGGCUGGGCUGACAUCCGCCUCUCCUUCCAUGGCCGCAAAAGCCCAUACUGCUCCAAAAAUUUUGAUGGGCCUGGGAGGGUCCUGGCCCAUGCUGACAUCCCAGAGCUGGGCAGCGUGCACUUCGAUGAAGAUGAGCUCUGGACAGAGGGGACCUUCCGGGGGGUGAAUCUGCGCAUCAUUGCAGCCCAUGAACUGGGCCAUGCCCUGGGGCUUGGGCACUCCCGAUAUACCCAGGCACUCAUGGCCCCUGUCUACUCUGGUUACCAGCCCUACUUCAAGUUGCACCAUGAUGACGUGUCAGGGAUCCAGGCUCUCUAUGGCAAGAAGAUCCCAGAUAUAAGUGAUGAGGCAGAAGAGUUGGAACUACCCACUGUGCUUCCAGUGCCCACAGAAUCAAGUCCCAUGCCUGACCCCUGCAGUGGUGAACUGGAUGCCAUGAUGCUGGGGCCCCGUGGGAAGACGUAUGCUUUCAAGGGGGACUAUGUGUGGACUGUGACAGAUUCAGGACUGGGCCCCUUAUUCCGAGUGUCUGCCCUUUGGGAGGGGCUCCCAGGAAACCUGGAUGCUGCUGUCUACUCUCCUCGAACACAAUGGAUUCACUUCUUUAAGGGAGACAAGAUGUGGCGCUUCAUUAAUUUCAAGAUGUCUCCUGGCUUCCCCAAGAAGCUGAAGAGGGUAGAUCCUAACCUGGAUGCAGCUCUCUAUUGGCCUCUCAACCAAAAGGUGUUUCUCUUUAAGGGCUCCGGGUACUGGCAGUGGGACGAGCUAACCCAAACUGACUUCAGCCACUACCCCAAACCAAUCAAGGGGUUGUUUACGGGAGUUCCAGACCAGCCCUCAGCUGCUAUGAGUUGGCAGGAUGGCCGAGUCUACUUCUUCAAGGGCAAAGAAUACUGGGCCCUCAACCGGCAGCUUCGAGUAGAGAAAGGCUAUCCCAGAAACGUUGCCCGCAACUGGAUGCACUGCCAUCCCCAGACUGUAGAUGUGACCCUGUCAAGUGGGGACAGCACUUCCUUGGCUACAGGCACAACAUUGGACACAAUUACAACCUCCACUGUAAUAGGCUCCCCUACCCUUAUGUUCCCUGCUAAAGUCACCCUCCCAGAGGCCUAAGGAAUCAAGUAUCUGCUCACUAGACCCAUGCAGGUGCCACAGAAGGGGCAUGACCUUUGGCCUCCAACAGUUCCAAGUAGUACUGCAUUCUUUCCCUCCUGGAAAGUGACACCUAACCUGGAUUCAGCCCCAACUCCAUCUGUUUCUCCCAGUCCUAGAUAAAACUUCCAAUUAUGUCAUCUACUCUCUGGAGGACAAUGGAGGGGGUUGUCAAUCAGGCCCUUAACUGACAGGAGGCAACAUCUGAGGUGGCUGGACGCCUGUGUCCUGUUCUUCCUAAAGAGUAAGAAAACAGCAUGGCCAGUAAAAUGAGCAAGGGCUUUGUAAUCCUUGAGAAUCACAUGUACUUGCAUAUGACUUUGGGCAAGCUAAUUAACCCUGGAUUCCUCAUUUGCAAAAAAGGUUAAUACUAGUCCUGUAGGGUUGUUGCAUUAAAUGAAAUACUACAUGUGAAGUACCUGGCCCAGUGUCUGGCACAUUUGUGUUUAAUAAAUGCUCACUCCAUUUCCAUAAGAGAAGACUGAA